GUUGUGAACCUAAAAAAGCUAAUCAGUAUAUAUUUAUUAAUGCUGAAGUUAUGUUUAAAUAAUUUUAUAUUAAAGCAAUAAAACUUUUAAAAUUAAGUAUGUGCUCUGUGAAAAAUUUUUAUAUUUAUUUGUUUAUCGCUGAUAAAUUUAGCUAAAGAACUUUGAGCUAACAAAUCAAUAAAAAAACACGAAGUCAAGUUUUACGAUCUAAGUAUUUGUACGGGGUUUUAUAAUAAAUAUUUUUACAAUGAUAAGUACCCAACCGCCUAUGGAUGAUGAUCCCUAUCAGGGGUACAGCAAUUAUCCAAUACCAUAUGAUGCUAAUCAAUUAGUUCAAAAUAUGGAAUUUCAAAAUGCUCUACAAAUGAGUGAUAUUAGACGAAACAUGAUGACCCCAAGACGACCACCGGGUACGGCAAUGCGAUUAGGGACAUCUUCAGGGUUUCAACGAACAGCUACAGGUCGACCAGGAACAGCAUUUAAACCUGGUACAGGAUUUAGACCAGGAACUGCAUUUCGACCAGGAACUGGUCUACGACCUAGUACUAGCUAUCGACCAGGUACAGGGUUUAGACCGAUGACAGCAGUGCGUGGUGCUGGUUACACCAGCAGUCGACAAGGGCCUUUUGAUCCUUUAAAUAUGGGAAGUAGUUCGCGUGGACCCGCUCCAGCGUUAGAGCCAGGAAAAGAAGAUAAUCCAGAAGAAAAAGUUAAAAUUGCAGAAAGAAAAAUAAUGGAAUUAAUUGAAAGCUCUGCUGAAGCAGUUAGUAAAAAUGAUAUGAAAGUUGCAUUAGAACGAGCUAAAGAAGCAGCUUCUCGAGAACGUGUUUUAAUUCGUUUACAAGAACAAGCUGGAUUAAGUGAUAGUCAUAACGUUGAUUUAACAUUUGCAACAUCAUUUAAUUUGGCUAUUCAAUAUACCAAUAACGAAAUGUAUACUGAAGCAAUAGAUACUUAUCAAGAUAUAACAAGAAAUAGAAUGUUUAAUAACAGUGCAAGAUUAAAAGUGAAUAUGGGUAAUAUUUAUGUAAAAAUUGGUCAGCUUUCGCAAGCUAUUAAAAUGUAUAGAAUGGCACUAGAUCAAGCACCAGGUACACAAAAAGACUUGAGAAUAAAAAUAAUGCACAACAUAGGAAUGUUAUUUGUGCAAAUGGGCCGUUUAGAAGAAGCUGCUAACAGUUUUGAGUGGGUAAUGCGAGAAAGAGCGGAAUUCAAAGCUGGUUUGCAUGCUAUUUUAUGUCACUUUGCAUUAGGUCAUCGUGAUAAAAUGAAACGAGGAUUUUUAGAACUGCUUGAAGUUCAGCUUAACAUAGACCAGGAGGACAAAUAUUCAAUCAGUACAGAUGAUGUUGCAAUUAAUAUACUGAAUGAAGUUAUAAAAACAGAUGAAUUGUCAGUGUUAGAAUCUGAUAUGAAAGCAGAAGCGGAAAAAACAAUUUUAAACGCAGCAAAACUAAUUGCACCAGUAAUUGAGGAUUCUUUAACUGUUGGAUUUGCAUGGUGUGUAGAUGCUAUAAGAUCAUCCGCUUAUGGUCCUUUAGCAGCUGACUUAGAAAUAAACAAAGCCAUGGUAUUACUCCAUAACCGUCAGAUUACACUAGCCAUAGACACAUUAAAAAUGUUUGAAAACCGAGAUACAAAAUCUAACAGUGCUGCAUCAACUAUGCUUUCAUUCAUUUAUUAUCUUCAAGGAGAUUAUGAACAAGCUGAGCGUUGCGCUGAAGCAGCACGUAACGUCAACAGUAAUAACAGUGCGGCUUAUGUCAAUCUUUCAGCAUGUGCAAUUAAAAGAGGUGAAUUGGAAAAAGCACGAGAACUCUUAGAAUACACACUUGAAAUAAAUCAACCAGAUCAUGUUCAAGCCCUCUAUAAUUUAGGGCUUGUAUAUAAAAAACUAGGUGAAUAUGAAGAUGCACUAGAAUGCUUUGAAAAAAUUCAAAGUCUUGUUAGGCAUGACCUACAAACAUUAUAUCAGCUUGGACAUUUAAAUCAGCUUCUAAAAGAUACCGACCAAGCGUUAGAAUGGUACAAUCAGUUAUUGGGAAUUGUACCAUGGGAUCCGGGUGUACUCCAAAAAUUGGGAGAAGUCUAUGAUAAUUCUGGAGAUAAGCAACAAGCAUAUCAGUAUUACUAUGAUUCUUACAGGUAUUUUUCUGGGAACUUUGAAGUUAUUGAUUGGCUCGGAUCGUAUUUUAUUUCCAUGCAAGUCGCUGAGAAAGCGUUGCCAUAUUUUCAAAGAGCAGUUGAACUUGCUCCUGAUCAACCACGUUGGCGACUAUUGGUAGCCGCAUGUUUAAGAAGAACCGGUCAAUUCCACAAAGCUUUAGAAGAAUAUCAAGAUAUUCAUGAAAAAUUCCCUGAAAACAUUGAAUGUUUGAAGUUUUUAAUUCGACUUUGCAGUGAUUUAGGACUUAAAGAGGCUCAAAUGUAUGCAGCGGAGUUAAAGAGAGCAGAAAAAGCAAGAGAACUAAAAGAACGUCUAGGAUCUGGUCGGCCUGGAACGACUAGCUCGAGAAGAAGUAACAGUGGAAAUUCAUCUCGCGCUGGAUCUGGAAUAAGUGUACAAUCAAGUCCCAGUGCAAAUCGUAAAGAACUUCGUACUGGACAUGGACAUCUAAAUCGAAUGAAUACAUUAGAACGUUUAGAAAAUUCUACUCCGGAACCACAACAUGAUAUAUUCUACGUUGACCCUGUAGGACCACUACCAAUUCGACCGAUGACAGCUGCUGGAAAAAAAGAGGAAGAUUUCGGCGAUGAAGAAUUAGGUGAUGAUCUUCUACCUGAGUGACUAGUGUUUUCUAAGAAUUUGAC